GCCUGCUCAAUUUUCUGCUGUCAGUGAGGUUUGGUUCCGAGCCUUCCAACACUAUUGUUAUCCAUUCCUCUUAUUUACCCUUCAAGCCUAAGCACUUGUUGUGCAUUGACCAUAGCUUCUCUUCCAUGCAAACUAACACACUCUCAAAGUGACACACACAGCUUAGUUGCGUUGUAUGUGUCCUUUCUCAUCAUCAUAUAUUUGUUGGCAUUUUUUCUGUUUCUCACUACUUGUUCAUUUUUGCUGAUAUUACACGUACAACACUCAAAUUCAGUGGCACAAGUUCUCAAGAUUGUUCUUGUUGUCUACUAGUACUAGUACUGGUACUACAAGUUUCAUUCAAUUCUAUCUAUAUAGUAUACACACUUAUAUUAUCAGGUGCUUCUGUGAUAUAGUAUAUACCAAGUGAUUCAUGAUGUUGUCUACAAAAUCUGAAUCGGAUAUUACAAGCUUAGCACCAUCUUCACCUUCAAGGUCUCCAAAGCGUCCUGUGUACUAUGUUCAGAGUCCUUCAAGGGAUUCUCAUGAUGGGGACAAGUCAUCUUCCAUGCAGGCUACUCCUAUAUCAAAUAGUCCUAUGGAGUCUCCUUCACACCCUUCAUUUGGGAGGCAUUCUAGGAACUCUUCUGCUAGCAGAUUUUCGGGGAUUUUCAGGUCAUCUUCUGGAAGGAAAGGGAGUAGGAAGAGGAAUGAUAAGGGGUGGCCUGAGUGUGAUGUGAUUUUGGAAGAAGGCUCUUAUCAUGAGUUUGGAGACAAGGCUUUCACAAGGCGCUUCCAGGCCUUGAUUGCUGUGCUUACCUUUGUGGUUGUUUUCACUGUCUUUUGCUUGAUCAUUUGGGGUGCUAGCAGGCCUUAUAAGGCAGAAAUUACUGUUAAGAGUUUGACGGUGCAUAAUCUUUAUGUUGGAGAGGGUUCAGACUUCACGGGUGUCAUUACAAAGAUGCUGACAGUUAAUAGCACUUUACGCAUGAACAUCUAUAACCCAGCUACAUUUUUUGGCAUCCACGUGCGCUCCACACCCAUCAAUCUUGUUUUCUCAGACAUCACUGUUGCCACUGGCGAGCUGAAGAAAUACUAUCAGCCAAGAAAAAGUCACCGUAUUGUAUCAGUGAACCUAGAAGGUAAUAAGGUUCCCUUAUAUGGGGCUGGAUCCUCCAUAACUGUAUCCCAAACUGGCGUUGAAGUUCCACUUACAUUGAGCUUUGAAAUCCGUUCGCGUGGAUAUGUGGUUGGUAAACUGGUAAAGACAAAGCAUCAUAAGGAAAUCGCUUGCCCCUUAGUCAUCACCUCUUCUGAAUCAAAGCCUAUCAAAUUCAAAAGGAAUUCAUGCACCUAUGACUGAUCAAUGUCCCAUUUUCAAAGUUCAAAUGUUUGAGACUAGCUUAAAAUUGUAUAAUCUAUGGUUUGUGCCUAGCUUUAGAUCAGAAGGUCCAUUUGGUUUGCAAGAGAAGCAAAAUAUGCACUCGGAAAAUACUUCCUACAUACAACUUGUUCCCUGAAUCCCCCCAUCUGUACUUUACUCUUAUGAGCCUUGUGCAAAUAAAUGCAUGUAAAUUUCUAUGUGCAUAAAUUGAAGAGACAUUUGGGGAGUUCAUUUCUGAGGAAAUUAAUAACCCUUUGCACACCGCCGUUGUCCUUAUAGAAAACCCAACAGAAAUUGGGAAGUUGUAGAUUGAUGGCUAAUCAUUUGUGUCAGUUUAUGAAGAACAUAUAAAGAAACCAUGUGUAUCAUGUAAUCCAAAUGGUUUAGCAGGUGUUCACUUCA